AUGUCAGCAAGCCAACGCAACGACGGCGACCCCGCCAACAAGCUUGCCAAAUCGCUGCUUCGGACUCAUCUCCAAGAACACCGCAUCAUGGCACCACUCCAGAAGGGCGUAAGGAUCGAGGCCCUGUUCGGCGGCAGAGCCGCACUCCCUCAGCCGGCCAGAGUUCUAGUUCGCGAUCACAAGGCCUGA